AUGGAUUAUUCAAAAUUUAACGAUGAGGAGUUUGAUGCUAAAGAAUGGAUAAAUUCUGCAUUCAAAGCCAAAAAAGAAGGCAGUGUGGAACAAUAUGCCUCAACUCUUGCUAUGAAACUUCAGAUGUUCAUGCAAGAGGUCAAUAACGUUAUUGAAGAUGGCUGUCAGCAAGCGAUCAACAAUCUUCCAAGGGUGACGAAGGAAUUAGAGGCAGUGAGGCAAGAGGCCUCUUUGCUCCAGGAGCAAAUGAAGAUGGCGAAAUACGAUAUACAAAAGGUUGAACAUGACACGGCGAACUCUAUGCAAAACUUGAUGAUGCUUGAUCAAGUUAAGAGUAGAAUGAAACUGGCUUCUGACGCUCUGAAGGAGGCUGAUAAUUGGACAACACUGUCUUCAGAUGUCGAUGAGGUUUUUGACUCCCAAGAUCUCGAAGCCCACAUCCUGACAAACGUCCCAGACUACACGGACAGAUGUCAGUACCUGGAGAUGCUGAAGAAUAGAUUGGAGGCCAUGUCUAGCACGGCUGUAGUCGCCGCCUUUGCUACUCUCAACCUAGAUGAUGCCCAGAGGUAUGUGAAGAUAUUUAAAGAUAUCGAGAGGAUUUCCCAACUAUGCAAGUAUUACCAUAAGUGCCAGAAAGCCAAAAUACUGAAACUCUGGCGAGAUGUACAAACGAAAGAUGACGACGACGGUAGCGAUGAUGAUAACGAUCGUAUAGCACGUCGACGUGAUGAUGAUGAUGAUGGUGGUGGCGAUGAUGAUGAUGACGAUGGUACUUUGAAGAAAAAAUUGAACAAGUUUUAUGACGAGCUGUUACUGUUCCUACAAAAUCAGCUGAAGUGGUGUGACCAGGUUUUUCCUGAAAAUUCCGCCAACAUCGUCUGCGAUCUGCUCUCUGAUUCGCUCAAAUCUUUAGACCCGCCCCUCGAUGAACUGAUUGACAGGUGUUUACAAUCGUCAUCAGCAUCAGCGGCGGAAUCGUCGUCAUCAGGGAAGAAGUCGUCGUCGUCAUCACCUGUUGAUGAUCAUCCGGAUCCGCUGGAGUCGACGUCACUCCUCAGUAACUCCAUACCAAAGAUAUUCAGCGCUGUCACUCAGUCCAAUGAGAGAUGCUUAGCUCUGACGAAUGGCGUCGUAUACAUUCCAUACCUGGAAAUGGUUAAGGAAUUCUUGAGGUCAUAUUUGAAAGAGUUGAAGCGGGUGAUGAUGAACAUAUUCGAGAAAUUCAAUCGCGAUGUCAUAGUUGAAGACUGGUCGGAUUUUCAGAAUGCCUUGAAAGUCAUCCAGCUAUGCGGUGAAUUGAUCGCACACAUGGACGAGUUGGACCUGCUGCUCACUAGCUGCGUCGUAGCUGUCGGCUGCAAUAGCAGCAGCGGCAACAACCACAACAAUAUUAAUAAUAACAGCAACAACAUGUCACAACAACAAUUGGACAGAAAGAAGUUUGCAUUCAAAGAUUAUAAAUCGUAUCUAAUGGACAGCAGUGAAGAACGCAAGAAGUUGGAACAACUGAUUGAUCACUUGAUCCAAAAUUACAUAACGAACGUUCUAGAAGACCUAGGCCUCCAGAUCACAGAACCCUUGCUGAAUAUAAAAAACUUACUGCAAGCGACCGCGACUGAAUAUGAAACUAUAACAGAGAGCUGUCCCCAGCGCGUGUCAAAUACCAUUGCAAAGAUGCGUGGUCUCGAUGGUGAAAAAAAAGUUAUUUUUUCCCGAUAG